AUGAAUAAAAGCGGACUUAAACGUACACCAAGUUUAGGAACCAUUCCUAGUUUCGGCAGUCUUUCCAUUUCUUCAAUAGAAUCACCAAAACCAACGAGUUCAAAUGCUCUCAAUCGACCUGCACAAGCAUCACAAUCAUUGUAUCCGUUAUGUUUAGAUUUAUUAGAACGACUUUAUUGUGUGGAAGGGUUUGAAAAAUAUUUGAUUCAAGGACAGAACAAUAUGCCAAAUAAUUCUUCAAUAGUGGGUACUCCCACUACAGAAAAUGGUCCAAAUAAUAUAAUUCGUAAUGAUCCUGUUACUCUCUUAUGGCAAACCUUUCGUUUAGGACAUCCACUCUGCGUGCUUUUCAAUGCUUUAAAACCUCAAAAAGAAGCGAUAAUAGAGGAAACAAAACCUGGUACUAGUGAAAUCAAAACCAGUCAAAAGAAUGUAUUUCACUUUUUGAUGGGCUGUCGAGAAGAAUUGAAGUUAGAACCAGGGCAAAUGUUUACAAUUUCACAGUUGUAUAAGGAUGAUACGAAUGGCUUCGUCAAAGUAAUUGACACGGUCAAACUUGUUACUGACAAAAUUGAAGAAAAAGGUUUUCUCGAAUUGUCUCGCAGACAACUUUUACGAAACUCAGAUCCCAUGAAACCCACUGAUAAUCGUGCUAAGGUUGUGCAUGAAUUAUUGGAAACCGAAAGAAAAUAUGUGCAAGAUAUGGAAGUUUUACAGCAUUUUGCACGUGAACUUCAAAUUCAAGAAAUUGUUAGCGCGGAUACUAUUCAUUUGCUUUUCGCAAACCUUAACCAACUUGUAGAUUUUCAACGUCGUUUCCUUAUCGGUGUAGAAGCCAUUGCCAGUCAACCACCAGCAGAACAAAGAUUUGGAAAUCUUUUUGUGCAAAUGGAGGAAAACUUUGCCGUAUACGAACCAUUCUGUGCAAAUUAUCAGUCUGCGUCAGAAUUAGUCAUCCAAGAAACACCCAAUUUGCAGAAAUUGGCUAACAUAGUUGAACCAACGUACGUAUUACCAUCAUUAUUAAUUAAGCCCAUUCAGCGCAUUUGUAAAUAUCCAUUAUUAUUACAGGAAUUAUUAAAAUAUUCUGAUAAGGAUGAAACACCUUAUUAUGAUGAAAUUGAACGAGGUCUUAAAGCUAUUAAACGUGUGGCUGAUCGAGUUAAUGAAACACGACGAAAACAAGAAAAUGAAGCUGUUGUAAAAGAUCUAGAACGUAGAGUUGAAGACUGGAAGGGGCAUAAAAUUUCUCAAUUUGGCAACUUAUUACUCGAAGAUGUGUUUAUUAUGUCAAAGGAAGAUUCUGAGCGAGAAUAUCAUGUGUAUUUAUUUGAAAAAAUCCUGCUUUGUUGUAAAGAGACUAAUACUAAAAAACCUCAAAGCAAACCUAGUCCACUGAUUAAGGGUUCUAACAGAAAGCAAAAAAGAGCCAGUUUACAACUUAAAGGAAGAAUUUUUAUACAUAAUAUAACGGCUGUUGUAAACAAUAGUCGGGCUGGAUUAUGGUCUUUGAAAGUAUUCUGGAGAGGAGAUACAGAAAUGGAAUCUUUCUCACUUAAGUGUCGUAAUGAAGAACAACUUAAUCAAUGGCAAUCCACAUUAGAAAAACUGCUCGCGGAUUUCAAAAACCGACAUAAAGAUGAGUCGGUGAAACCUGUUACUAAACGUACUCAGGUUUCUAAUACUCAAUUGGCAUCUUUACAGAAUCUUGACGUAUAUUCUCGUCGCGACGAUGAUGCUGCUUCGUUUAUUGAUGAGGAUGAGGAUGAGGAUGAUUAUGAAGAAGAAGAAUUGGAAGACGAUUGGGAAGAUAAUAAAGUCAAAAGUCGAUCACUGCCUUAUGGACAAUAUCCUAAAACUGGCUAUAAUGGAAGAAAUAGACCACGAACUGAAGAUGCUCCACCACCUUAUAACUGGUCUCCUCCAUUACCACCAAGCGUCCCUAGUGUCCCACCUCAACAUCGAUCUCUUACGAAUAUAUCAUCCUUAUCGCGUAAUGGAACUCCUACUAGUCCAUCCAAUUCCAUACAUCAAGGAGAAAAUGCAAGCUAUUUUCCCAAUUCUCCUCCGCCGUCUUAUCCAGUUUCUCCAGCUCAAUCUGUCCGUAGUAGUGCUAGUCAUUCCAACUUAAAGGGUACAUGGCAAAGACAAAGUAUCGAGCCUCUUACAGAUACAAUUACCAGAUUUAUGAUGGGAAAUGAUGAUGAUUACGUAGAAGUUCAACCACCGCAACGUGCGACUACUGGUCAAACCUAUCAAAUUAAUAAUGGAUCUUCACCAGCAUUACAACAAACAUCAGCAUCGAAUUAUAAUCGUUUACGGUCGGCAAGUAGUCCAAAUAUUCAAUCAAUUAAAGAACAAUGGGAAGAGUUGGAAUCUCUUCCUACUAAUGACAAUGUCCAAAGAAAUAAUGGAAUUCAAUCAUCAGAAACACAUCAACGACAUAGUGGAUCAAGUACUUCAUCACAAACAUCAAAUACAGGUAAUGGUUUGUCAUCACCGCCUAACGGUUUAGCAAAUGGUCAUCAAUAUUCAAGGUCCAACUUUUCAACUACAAUGAAAAUCAAAGUAAAUUAUGCUGAAGAUAUUUUUGUAAUUGUUGUUCCUCAAAACAUUGAAUAUAAAGAAUUAUGUGAUCGUGUUGAACGAAAGAUACGUUUAUGUACUACUCAACGCGACGAAAGUAUUCCUCUACGUAUUAAGUAUCAAGAUGAAGAUGGUGAUCAUAUCACAAUCAAUUCCGAUGAAGAUGUUUUAAUGGCUUUUGAAGGCAGGCUAGCUGCUGGAGGAAAUUUUGUUAAUCUUUAUGUUAGCUAA